AUGGAUGAGUGGGCGCUGGAACGUUACUUCGAUGACUCCAUUGCUAAUGACUCCAGCUUUAUUUUGGAGGAGGAGCUGGACUCCCACAGCCCCGCCCCCUCAGGAACGGGUCCAGCCCCCUCUCACCUGCCCGUGAAGGCGGGGCCGAGCGGACAGGUGGGGGAGGAGCUGGACCUCAGCUUCCUCCCCGAUGAAGUCACUGAUGACGCAACAGGUCACAUGACCACCUGUGUGCUUUGGGUUUCAGCCGCUGUGGACGUGUCUCAGGACAGCGGCCUCGGUCUGGACUCCAGCACCCAGGACUCCGCAGCAGCAGCAGACCCCCAGCAGGGGGCGUCGGGGACGGGGACGGGCACCUCCACUUUCUGCCCCAUGACCCCUAUGACCCCCAUGACCCCUAUGACCCCAGUGACUGAGAGGUCAGGAAUCAUCCCCCAGUUACAGAACAUCGUCUCCACAGUGAACCUCGGUUGUCCUCUGGAUCUGAAGUUUAUCGCCUUGCAGGCCAGAAAUGCCGAGUACAACCCAAAGCGUUUUGCGGCGGUCAUCAUGAGGAUCAGAGAUCCGAGAACCACCGCGCUGAUCUUCAGCUCCGGAAAGAUGGUCUGUACAGGAGCCAAGAGUGAGGAGCAAUCUCGACUAGCAGCCAGGAAAUACGCUCGGGUUGUGCAGAAACUCGGCUUCCCCGCUCGCUUCCUGGACUUUAAGAUCCAAAACAUGGUGGCCAGCUGUGACGUUUGCUUCCCCAUCAGACUGGAAGGACUGGUUCUGACCCACCAGCAGUUCAGCAGUUAUGAACCUGAGCUGUUUCCCGGCCUCAUCUACCGGAUGGUGAAGCCUCGUAUCGUCCUGCUCAUCUUCGUGUCGGGCAAAGUGGUUCUGACCGGAGCCAAAGAGCGAGAGGAGAUCUACGAAGCGUUUGAGAACAUUUACCCGAUUCUGAGAGGCUUCAGGAAACAGUGAGGCCGACCGCCAACAUCAC